AUGAAGCUCACUGCUGCUCGCGCCGCUCUUGGCGCUGUCGUCAUUGGACGUGCUGCUGCCCACGGCAUCGACCUGAUCAGCGUCCCAACCAACCUCUGUCUCGGAAUCCUCGGUGAAGCCGAGUGCAAGCAAAAGACCAGCUCUGGAGGCCUCAUCUCCGUUCCUGUCAACGCUUGUGUUGCCGCCCUCGGCAAGAUCAAGUGCGACCAAGUCUCUGGUGGUAACAAUAGUGGCAGUCUCGUCAGCAUUCCUAUUAAUCUAUGCGCUGGUGUUCUUGGUGAAGCCGAGUGCAAGCAGAAGUCCAGUUCUGGUGGCCUCGUCUCUGUCCCCGUCAAUGCCUGUGUUGCCGCUCUUGGUGCCGCCAAGUGCGACCAAGCCUCUGGUGACAAUAGUGGCAGUCUCAUCAGCAUUCCCGUCGGCCUGUGCGCCGCUGUUCUUGGUGAGGCCGAGUGCCAGCAGAAGUCUACCUCCGGCGGGCUCGUCUCUGUUCCCGUCAACGCUUGUGCUGCCGCCCUCGGCAAGGCCAAGUGCGACCAAGCCUCUGGUGGUGGCGAGGGCAGCCUCAUCUCUGUUCCUGUGAAUGUUUGCGCUGCCACGCCUGGCUCUGGUGGCCUCGUCGAUAUCCCUGUCAAUGUCUGUGUUGCCGCUCUUGGUGAGGCCGAGUGCAACCAGAGCUCUCCUGUCACCACCACCACCGCCAAGACCGCGUCUUCCACUGGCGUCAUCUCUACCGGCACUGCUUCGUCUGUCUCCACUGGCACUUCCACUCCGUCUUCCAACGGCUCUGCUGCUCCGUCCACUGAGCCUACUGCUUCCGAAAGCACUACUCCUGCCGGCUCCGCUACGACCGCCCCUGCUACCACCGGCUCUGACUCUGUCACCCUGACCACCACGACCGUUUUCACCACCUCCCUCAUCACCGUCACCCACUGCGCUCCCACGGUGACUAACUGCCCUGCCUCGUCCACUGUUACCACCCACACCGUUGUCCCCGUCACCACUGUCAUCUGCCCCGGCGAAAGCGCUUCCACUGGUGUUCCUACGGGCCCGGCCACCGGCACUCCUGUUGCCCCCGGUGGCGCUACUACCUUCACCACCAUCCCUGGCAAGCCCAGCGGCUCUGUUCCCAGCGGCAACCCCAACCCGAGCGGUCCCGCCUCGAACCCUUCGGGUGCUGUCCCCAGCGGCUCUAAGCCCAGCGGCCCUGCCCCCAACCCCUCCGGUGCUGUCCCUAGCGGCCCUGCCCCCAACCCCUCCGGUGCUGUUCCUAGCGGCUCUAAGCCCAGCGGCCCGGCCCCCAACCCCUCGGGCGCUGUCCCUACUGGUCCUGCUCAGCCUAGCGGUCCUGGUGCCAACCCCAGCGGCUCCGUGCCCAGCGGUCCUUCCAAUCCUAGCCACCCCGGUGCCAACCCGAGUGGCUCUGUUCCCGGCGGCAACCCCUCCAGCCCUGUUCCUACCGGUGCUUCCAAGCCUGGUAACCCUGGUGGUGCUCACCCCACGGGCGUGGUCCCUACCGGUCCCUCCAAGCCCAGUGCUCCGGGUGCCGCCAAACCCACGGGCGCGGUCCCUAGUGGUCCUUCCAAGCCCGGCAACCCCGGUGCCAACCCGUCGGGUGCUGUUCCCAGCGGUCCUUCGAACCCUGGUCCCAGCAGCCCUGUUACUGCCGGUGCUGGCCGCGUUGAGCUUUCCAUUGCCGCCUUCCUUGGCAUGGCCCUUCUUCUGUAA